AUGCAAAAGUUCGCUUGUUAUUCUAAGAGCAUCCGUGAAAUCCAUAAAAUCAGUUCCGGGCAACCAGCGUCUCUGACGCGUGCGGGUAUUCGCUGUCCACGCGUCACACUUUCGCGCCUGGCUAGCGUAGCCUUGCCGAGGAAUUCCUGA